UUAAAUUUCAUUGAUUUUGUUUUGCUUCGGAGUGUCAAAUCUUGACAAUCGAUCAAUGACCUCCGUGAAAGCUGUUGCGUGUGGUUUGUUGAAUUGAAAAAAUUAAUUGAAAGUUUGCUGUGAUGUCUACUGAAGGUGGCGAGGCGCCGCCUGAGCCGCCGCCCGAGGCUGCAGGUGAAGCGGCAGAAGUGGCAGAAGGCGAUGAGGAGCAUGGAGAGGAUACUGGAAAGAGCACCGUGAAGAUGGAUCUGUCCAGGAGAAUGUCAAGGAAAAGCACUAUGCAUAGACCUGCUGCUUCCUUGAGUCAAGUUCGGGUCGACGUGGAUCGGACUGCGUUAGAGGCCAUUUUGGACGUCGGAUCCCGCUUGCAAGACAUCCAGAAGAAGAGCAAAGUCUCCAUGAGCGCGCUGGCCUUUGCUCACGACUCGUACAAAGAUAAGCAAGCAAAAGCCAAAGAAGCGCGUAACAACCGAAUGGGCGGAUUGAAGACGCAAACUAGGUUUUUGCUAGAGAAUGCGGCUUCAAUAUUGAAUAAGACGAUCGAAUAUGUACUGGAAGGAGUUUAUGACGCAGAUAUUCACAUAGACUUACUAGACAGCGCUGUAGCUGAAGGUGGUAGAAACUGCAUUGUUCUUUGCGAUGCAAAGUUACCACCAGUCAAAAUGGAGACCGGCCGUUUUGUGCCAAAUCAGAAAGCGUGGAUGGACAGAACUUAUAUUUCGGAUGGUUCAUCGAUAUGUACAGAAGGCAGAUGUGUCGCUAUGUACAGAAUAAAGAACAAACUUAUUGACUCCAAGAAUGUUGCCGAAGAUUAUUAUUUGGUUUACUUCGACAUGAGCCAAGAUACAGAGAAUGUGGUGUCUGGAAUCUACAACACGAUGAGUCGCGUUUACAUUCCUGCAUUGCAAUGCUGCAAGGCAUGGGGAGACAUCAACCCUCCAAAUCCUAGGAGCGAAGAUAUCAUUAAGUCUUAUAUUUCUAAGAUAAUGCUGUUCAUUGAUUAUCUUGCAAAAACCAAGGUCGAUUUAGACUGUUGUACAAAGUUCAAAAUAAACUUGGCGCUCUAUGAAGAAGAGCUGUCGGAUCAAGAGAAAAUGAAAGCAGCUAUAACUAAGACGCACGUUUUGGAAGAAAUCUGUACGUACGUGAAGCAGUGGAUGAAGCAAAUAACUAUGGUAUUAGUGCAAAGUCAGCAACUGAGACGCGAGCCGUCCAACAUUGGUCCUCUGGCUGAACUGGAUCACUGGCGACGACAGCUCACGACUUUUACUUCUAUAAUCGAACACAUCAAGAGCGACGCUUGUCAGAUGUAUAUUCACACGCUCAUUCGAGCCAAGUCUAGACUUAUUAAAAAAUGGAGAAUGCUUGAUAACCAAGUUACAGAUUAUUUCAAUGAGGCCUAUGAUAACGUGAAGUAUUUGUAUGCUCUGGAAAAAUACUGUGAGCCCCUUUACAGAUGUGAUCCACUCACAAUGCAGCAGUACAUACCAGGCCUACUAUACACGGUGCGCAUGAUAUUUGCUACGUCUCGAUACUACAACACGACCAAGCAAAUAUCAACGCUUCUUGUCAAAGUGACCAACCAAAUCCUCAACAUGUGCAUGGACUUUUUGACAAACCAAGGAAGAAAAACCAUUUGGAAUCAGGAUAAAUGGAAUUUUAUUAAGAAAACUAAGCAAUGCCUAAGUCUCUACAGCUUCUACCGCGAAUGCUAUAGCGAAACUCAAAAAGAAAUGAUGGAAGCAGCUGACGAAAGGCCAUUUGAUUGCUCUGAAAUGUAUAUCUUUGGUAAAUUCGAAACUUUCAGAAAGAGAGUGACUAAGAUAAUGGAUCUAUUCGAAACCUACAUCACAUACUACGUGCUCAAUAAAACUACCUUGGAAGGCAUAGAAGAAUAUGCAGCCAACUUCAAUAAGUUGUUCAAACAGAUUUCGUCCAAGACGUAUGAUGCAAUGGAUCACCGCAGGCCCGAUUUUGACAAAGAUUACAAAAUUUACAAAGACGGUGUAGCAACUCAAGAGUUGCUUCUAGAAAACUUUAUGAUUACUAGUGUCAACAAGUGCCCUACUACUGAGAUAGCCUUGCAUCUUCUUCUUCGUUUUGAAAAACUCAAGUUGGAUUGCCUUUACCUGGAAGAUCAGUAUUAUGAUUUGAUAAGCAAUUACACUGCUGAAAUUGAGUCUAUUAGGGACAGGUACAAUGAAGAGCGUGAGAAUCCAGAACUUCCUAGGAACAUGCCACCAGUUGCUGGUAGAGUAAUGUGGAUAAGGUUCUACGACAAGAACAUCAAAGGACCUAUGGAAGAAUUUAAGAAACACCAUGAAGUUAUUACUCACAUGAAUACGCAAAGGUGUAUCAAACUAUACAACGUGAUGAGUAUAGUUUUUACUGAGUUUGAGUUGAUUUAUCACGACGCUUGGGCCGAAAAUGUCGGUCAGGUACGCCUAGGUCUUAUAGCACCACUUCUUAUUAGACAUCCAGCGACUAACAUGUACAUAGUUAAUUUCAACCUUUACAUACCUGAAUGCAUUAGAGAAGUUGAAUACAUGUGGCAGUUGGGUUUGAGUGUUCCUGAUGGCGCCCAAAUUGUUGCUUUUUGCAAAGACAAAAUAUUGGGAAAUUUUGAGAGGAUGAAAUCAUUAGUUGAUCGGAAUAAUCAAAUACGAAGGAGCAUGCCUAAACUAUAUCUGCCAUUACUAAGGGCACAACUAAUAAAACUUGAGAAAGCCUUCCAGCCUGGAUUGUCGACUAUUACAUGGACAUCUCUAGAAAUACCGGCUUACACUGAUAACAUCGAAAGGAUUUUGGAUGAAGUGGAUCUUUUUGUAAAGGAGGUGGUUGACAUGAAGGAGGCUCGGAUUGAUACUAUACUGGGAUCAAUAACCAAAACUUUACUCGUUUAUUUGCCUGAGCAAGCAGUAGAUCCCGCUAUUUUCUAUGAAGAAAAUUUAGUCAGGCGUGAUGAAAUUGCUGCGGAUUUGCAACAGAAGUCUUGGAACGCCGAAGUAGCUGUAAUAGAGUUGAUCAACAAGUUCUUGGGAAGUGUACCAGCUAAACACAUUCAAGAUCUCAGAGAUAACUGGCUUGAUAUUGAAAAAGCUCUGAAACAAGUCACUUCAGCUACACGAGUGUUUCCUGAAGACGCUGCCUUUAUGGAGAUUGAAAAUCCAGAGCGUUUCGACGUAUUGCCCACAUUGAACGAAUGCAAUGAACUAUUUGCAUAUUUUGCUACAAAAUGCUUAGAAUCCCUUAUAAAGUGUACCAGACAGAGCUUAGACCUUUUGAGGAGACGAGCUUCCGUUUCAAGUUUCCUAACUAUGACAAUUGAUCCAGAGGAACAAAAGAAAUUGAAGCCUCUAAUGUUGACAAAUAUGUAUUUGCAAAUACCUAGGAUAUUAAUAAAGCCCACUUUGGAAGAAAUUCAAACAUCAUUCUCACAGGUGGUGCUGAAUUGCAUCAUGGAUAUUCAUCGAAAUGUUUUCAUGUGGGGACAACAAGAGGCAAUGAAGAAUCAAAAAAUGACAGGAGCAUCAUUAACUGCUACUAGAAGCGUGAGUGCUGGAUCAAGAUCAGGUUCAAACAUAGUUGGGAUAAGAAACUACUUUAGGAUGGUAUCAGAGCAUAAGGAUAUUGUAAGAUCUGUUAUGGCCUUGCAAGGAAUGAUGUACAUGUACAAACCUGACAUUGAAAAGUUAUUGAAGGGUUAUGGAAGAUUCGCUCAUCUAUGGGCUGAAGACAGAGUGCAGCAAGUACAAGAUUUUGUGGAUUCGAAUCCUUUGAACGUCAUUAUUAGAGACAUGCUUAAAAAGUAUGAAAAUCAGACUGAAGAGGUACUCAAUCUACCAGAAAGACACAUUAUAGGAUCAAUAGAAAUCAAUAUGGAUAACGUAAAAUUGGGUCUACACGUAGAGUCGAUAGAAUGGAAGAGAAUCCUAGGUAAGCUGCUCAGUCAAGCGUACAAAGAGCGUGUGAUCAAGAUGAUGCAGUUCAUCAAUGACCGAAUGAAAACUAUGAGUAAGAAGAUAAAGGAUUUGGAUGACGUCAAGUUUGCUAUGUUAUGUCUGGAAAUGAUUCGAGAGGAAUUCAUCGGAAUGGACAUGGAAUUAGAUCUCAUUGAAGAGAGCUAUGCAACGUUUUAUCAAUUCAAUAUUGAAAUUCCCAAAGACGACGCGGAUAUGGUGUAUGGACUGCGAUAUGCAUUCCAAAAUAUGCUUUUGACGUCACAACAAGUGCAGCAGAAGAUUGUCGAUAUGCAAGGCCCGCUUCAGAAAGAGUUGACCGAAGGUGUGUCGACGUUCAAUGCCGAUGUAAUGAAGUUCGAUGCGGAUUACGAUGCGUUCGGUCCACUAACUCCUGGACUAAGCGCCAGAGAAGCUUCAGACAGGGUGAUAAUGUUCCAAGCAAGAUUCGAUGAGCUAUGGCGAAGAUUUGAAAUGUAUUCUAAUGGUGAGAAAUUGUUUGGUAUGGAAGUAAAAGACUAUCCAAUCUUACAUCAGAAGAAGAAGGAGUUCAACUUACUCAGCAAACUAUAUUCCUUAUAUCUGUCGGUAAUGAAUACAAUCGACGGUUACUUUGAAACGCCGUGGGUUGAAAUUGACAUCGAGACGAUUGUGGCACAGUUGGCUGAUUUCGAUCUCAGGUGCCGUAAGUUGCCAAGAGGAAUGAAGGAUUGGCCUGCAUUUAUUGAAUUGAAAACUAAGAUCGACGACUUUAAUCAGACUUGUCCCUUGUUAGAGUUGAUGGCUGAUAAGUCUAUGAAGGACAGGCAUUGGAGAAGGCUGGAAAAAUGCAUGAAUUGCGUGCUUGAUGUGGAGUCAGAAUCAUUCACGUUAGCCAAUGUUAUGGAGGCACCACUGUUGAAAUUCAAGGAAGAAGUAGAGGAUAUUUGCAUUAGUGCCGUGAAAGAAAAGGACAUUGAGGCUAAGCUGAAGCAAGUUAUCGCAGACUGGGCGGUAGUAGACUUGACUUUUGCACCAUUCAAGAAUCGCGGAGAAUUGCUCAUCAAACCUCAGGAGACUCUGGAUAUUAUCACGAUGUUAGAAGACUCGUUGAUGAUACUCAACUCUUUGGCUUCAAACAGAUACAAUGCACCAUUUAAGAAAGAUAUUAUACUGUGGAUCAAUAAGCUAGUCGGUACGAGCGAGAUCUUGGAAAAGUGGUUGCAAGUGCAGAACUUGUGGAUGUAUCUAGAAGCUGUUUUUGUUGGGGGUGACAUCGCCAAACAGCUGCCGGCUGAAGCUAAGAGAUUUGGAACAAUCGAUAAGACCUACGUCAAGAUCAUGUAUCGCGCCCGAGACAUCAUCAACUGCGUUGAGACGUGUACUUCUGAUGAUACACUAAAACAACUUCUACCUCAUCUAUUUGAACAACUAGAAGCGUGUCAAAAGUCACUCACUGGGUAUUUGGAGACGAAGCGCUUGAUUUUCCCAAGAUUCUUCUUCGUAUCAGAUCCAGUGUUGCUGGAAAUUUUGGGACAAGCGUCCGAUCCACAUUCGAUUCAGCCACAUCUGCCAAGUAUUUUCGAUGCGAUGUAUACGGUCGACUUCGAUGAUAAGGAGAGGAUCAUAAACAUGAACUCUGAUAACGGGGAGACUAUUCCAUUGGACCGUCCAGUGACUUGCAUUGGUGGUGUAGAGAUUUGGCUGAAUGUUUUAUUGGACACAAUGAAGGAUACAGUCAGAAAUAUGAUCGCUAGUAUUUCUCAGACAAUGGCUGGAGACCCUGAGUUUGAAUUUUUAUCCGGUUUUUGGCACUUCCCGGGACAGGCUGGUUUAUUAGGAAUGCAAAUCUUGUGGACGAGCGAUGCUGAGUACGCUCUGAAAAAAGCGAGGGUAGAUAAGUUUAUCAUGAGGUUGACUAACCAGAAGAAUCUAGACUUACUGAACGGACUGAUUGAUCAGACCGUAACAGAUUUGGCUCCAUUGGAUAGAACAAGAGUGGAGACUAUGAUUACCAUUCACGUACAUCAAAGAGAUAUCUUUGAUGACCUAGUAAGAAUGAGAAUCAAGUCUCCAAUAGACUUCGAAUGGCAGAAACAAGCUCGCUUCUAUUACUUUGAAGACAGUGAUGACUGUAUAGUAUCGAUUACUGAUGUCGAUUUCUUAUAUCAAAAUGAGUACUUGGGUAUCACAGAGCGUCUUGUAAUCACGCCGUUAACUGAUCGCUGCUACAUCACGCUGUCUCAAGCCAUCGGCAUGAGUAUGGGCGGCGCGCCCGCCGGGCCUGCGGGUACUGGCAAGACUGAGACUACAAAGGACAUGGCACGAACCUUAGGGAAGCUUGUUAUUGUAUUCAACUGCUCGGAUCAGAUGGACUUCAGAGGUUUGGGCCGUAUCUACAAAGGCUUGGCUCAAUCCGGAACAUGGGGCUGUUUCGAUGAGUUCAAUAGAAUUGAACUACCCGUAUUAUCUGUGGCUGCUCAGCAAAUUUACAUUUGCUUGACAGCUAGGAGGGAGAAGAAAGACUUCUUUAUUUUCAGCGAUGGUGAUGUAGUGAGCUUAAAUCCAGAGUUCGCUUUCAUCAUCACCAUGAAUCCGGGUUACGCCGGACGUCAGGAGUUGCCAGAAAAUCUGAAGAUCCAGUUCCGUUCUGUAGCCAUGAUGGUACCAGACAGGCAGAUCAUCAUCCGAGUAAAACUGGCUAGCUGCGGUUUCAAAGAGAACAUUUUGCUAGCCCGUAAAUUCUUCACACUAUACAAGUUGUGCGAGGAGCAACUGUCCAAACAGGUGCAUUACGAUUUCGGUCUUCGUAAUAUCUUGUCAGUGUUGAGAACCAUGGGGGCACAGAAACGAGCCAACCCUGAAAGUACUGAGGAGAACAUUAUGAUGAGAGUAUUGAAAGAAAUGAAUGUAUCGAAACUAGUCGAUGAAGAUGAACCCUUAUUCGUAUCCCUGAUAGAAGAUUUGUUCCCUGGUAUUAAACUUACUCAAACUGUCCAAAGGGAGAUGCAGCGAGCGAUCACUGUGGUGACAGAUCGAACGGGUCUCGUAAACCAUCCUAACUGGAAUCUGAAGAUCAUUCAGCUAUUCGAGACGUCUCUAGUACGACACGGCUUGAUGACCAUGGGCCCCACAGGUUCUGGCAAAACAACCUGUAUUCACACGCUGAUGGCAGCGCUCACUGAAGUUGGUAGGCCACAUAAGGAAAUGAGAAUGAAUCCUAAGGCCAUAACAGCCCCACAAAUGUUCGGACGUUUGGACGUAGCGACCAACGACUGGACUGAUGGAAUAUUCUCUACUCUCUGGAGAAGAGCUCUAAAAGUCAAGAAAAGUGACACUACGUGGAUUGUGUUAGAUGGCCCAGUAGAUGCUGUGUGGAUCGAGAAUUUAAAUUCCGUGCUGGAUGAUAACAAGACACUAACACUGGCCAAUGGAGAUCGUAUCACAAUGGCUCAGAAUAGCAAGCUGGUGUUUGAACCAGACAACGUGGACAAUGCUUCUCCAGCCACCGUUAGUCGGAUGGGCAUGGUGUUCUUAUCUUCUUCAGUGCUCAGUUGGCCACCUAUUUUAGAGGGAUGGUUGAAGAAACGAUCACAGAAAGAAUCAGAUUCAUUGCGUAAUGCUUUCAAUAAAGUGUAUGAUGAUGUUCACUCAUUCGUGCAGCAAAGGUUGCCUGCUAAAAUGAAGUUGCUGGAAGCCAUUUAUGUUCGGCAGGCCAUAGAUGUGUUGAUUGGACUUCUACAAAUUGAAAUACCAGGUGGAAAAAUGCAUACAGACCGACACCUGGAACGUCUUUUCAUAUUCGCUAUGAUGUGGUCUUUGGGCGCUGUUCUCGAGUUAGACGCUCGUACGCGAAUGGCUGAGUAUAUGACCAAGUUGCCAGUUAAAAUGGACUGGCCAGGAGCCAAGUCUAAGGAGUGGAUUAUGCCUUUUGAGUUUAUGGUCACUGAAACUGGCGUUUGGCAGCAUUGGUCUGAAAGCGUAGAAGCCUACUUAUACCCAACUGACAGCGUACCAGAAUAUGCGUCUAUACUGGUUCCAAACAUCGACAACGUGUGCAUAUCGUUCCUAAUCGACACGAUCGCGAAGCAGAAUAAGGCGGUACUGCUGAUCGGUGAGCAAGGGACAGCGAAGACUGUGAUGUUGAAGAGCUACAUGGCAAAGUACGACAACGAGGUCAAGUUGUUCAAGAUGAUUAACUUCUCGUCUGCUACUACGCCUAACAUGUUCCAGAGAAUUUUAGAAUCGUAUGUGGAGAAGCGAGUGGGUAUGACAUACGGUCCGCCUGGUGGACGAUCGAUGACUGUGUUCGUAGAUGACAUCAACAUGCCCGUAGUAAAUGAAUGGGGUGAUCAGGUCACCAAUGAAAUUGUAAGACAAAUGAUGGAGUGCCGUGGUUUCUAUUCUUUGGAGAAGCCUGGAGAGUUUAUCAUUGUUGCUGACAUUCAAAUGUUUGGUGCAAUGAUUCAUCCGGGUGGUGGUCGAAACGACAUUCCUCCUCGUUUGAAGAGGCAGUUUAAUAUUUUCAAUUGCACAUUGCCUAGCACAAUUUCAAUGGACAAAAUCUUUGAAACUAUAAGCGCUGGUUAUUUCUGUAAAACUCGCUUUGAUAAGAAAAUUGUAGACUUCAUGCCAAGACUUGUCCCUGUCACUCGUAUCAUUUGGCAGCAAACAAAGGUUAAAAUGUUGCCCACGCCUGCAAAGUUCCAUUAUGUGUUCAAUCUUCGAGAUCUUUCUCGGAUUUGGGAAGGUAUCCUAUUCAUUAAGAGGGAUGAGCUGCAGUCCGUCACCACUGCAUUAAAACUAUGGUUCCACGAAUGUUUGAGAGUAAUAUCUGACAGAUUCACAACAUUUGACGACAAAGAUUGGUUUGUGGCCAACUUUUGGAACACAGCUGCCCAGGAACUGCCGGACUUAGUUAAUGACUUCCCCAAGGAAGAAACCUUCUUUGUGAACUUUUUGAGAGAACCGGUCGAUCCGACUGGGGACGAAGAAGAAGACUUCAGCACUGAGGCACCCAAAAUUUAUGAAGAGUUGCCUUCAUGGGACUUCGUAUUGAUGAAGUUAGGUCAAUUCCAAGAACAAUUCAAUGAGCAAAUUAGAGGAGCACACUUGGACUUGGUAUUCUUCCACGAUGCCAUGGUGCACCUUUUUAUUAUAUCCAGGAUCAUCAAUACUCCACGUGGUAACGCUCUAUUAGUGGGUGUCGGUGGUUCCGGUAAACAGAGUUUGACGAAAUUGGCUUCUUACAUCGCCAACUUUUCGUUUUAUCAGAUAACUUUAACCAGAACCUAUAACGUGAAUAAUUUCAUGGAUGACAUCAAACUGUUGUACCGAGUGGCAGGAUUGCAAGGGCGUGGUAUAACAUUUAUUUUUACUGACAAUGACAUAAAAGAUGAACAGUUCCUGGAGUUCCUGAACAACAUUCUCAGCUCGGGCGAAAUCGCGAAUCUCUUUGCGAAGGACGAAAUGGACGAAAUCUUGAAUGAGUUAACGCCAAUAAUGAAGAAAUAUGCUCCUCGAAGAAUUCCAGUGCCUGACGUAUUGUACGAGUACUUUAUCAUGCGAUCUAGAGCUAACUUACACGUGGUAUUAUGUUUCUCGCCGGUGGGUGAGAAAUUCAGAAGCAGAGCGUUGAAAUUCCCUGGUCUCAUAUCUGGAUCAACGAUGGACUGGUUCCAGAAGUGGCCAAGGAUGGCGCUGAUUGAAGUAGCGUUCCAUUUCUUGAAUGAAUUCCAAGUGGUGUGUUCUGCAGAAACAAAGACCCAGCUGAUUGAGAUUAUGGGCAUGGUACAGGACAAUGUGGCUGACACCUGCUCUACCUAUUAUGACAGAUUUAGGAGACAGACACACGUCACUCCUAAAUCUUACUUAUCCUUUUUGGAGGGGUACAAAGUAUUGUACAAAGAAAAGCACGUGAACAUCGCGGAAAUGGCUAGAAGAAUGACAACUGGUUUAGACAAACUGGUAGAAGCAGCAGCAAGUGUGGAUAUAUUGAAGAAAGAGUUGGAGCUAAAGGACAUUGAAAUUAAAGAGGCUACUGCGAAGGCUGAAGAGGUAUUAGCAGCUGUAGCAGAAUCUCAAGCUGCUGCCGAAGUGGUGAAAACCGAGGUGUUGGAAGUGAAGGACCGCGCUGUGAAGCUUGUGAGCGUCAUCGCCGCGGAGACUGCGAUCGCUGAGGAGAAACUGGCAGCAGCCAAGCCGGCGCUUGACGCCGCUGAAGCCGCUUUACAGACUAUCAACGCCGCUGAUAUUGCGACGGUGAGGAAGCUGGGCAAACCGCCGUACCUCAUCACCCUCAUCAUGGACGCUGUGAUCCUGCUCUUCAGGAAAAAGAUCGACUCUAUCAAACCUGACCUUGAGAGGAAUUUCCUUACUGCCUCGUGGGCCGAGUCCUUAAAGGUUAUGGCGGACUCAAGGUUCCUGAAUAACUUAAAAUUCUAUCCUAAAGAUGAAAUCAAUGCGGAGAUGCUGGAUCUACUGGCACCUUAUUUUAACUUUCCACAAUACACAUUCGAAGCGGCUAAGGUUGCUUGCGGCAAUGUUGCCGGUCUGAUCUCAUGGACCAUUGCCAUGGCGCAAUUCUAUUCUGUAAACAAAGACGUGUUGCCUUUGAAGGCAAACUUGGCUGUCAUGCAGGGCAAGUACCAAGCCGCCAAAAGGGAGUUGGAUGCGGCUGAGGCACUUUUGGCGGCGAAAGAACGUGAGUUGGCAGGAGUGCAAAGGCAGUUUGACGAGGCCAUGUCUCUGAAGCAAGCCGUGUUAGAUGAUGCUGCAAAGUGUCAACAGAAGAUGGACGCAGCCACUGCGCUGAUCAAUGGGCUCAGUGGUGAAAGAGUCCGAUGGACAGAACAGUCUGCGUUGUUCAAGUCAGAGAUUGAACGACUGGUGGGGGAUAUAUUACUACUUACAGGGUUCUUGUCAUACUCUGGUCCUUUCAAUCAAGAGUUCCGUAACCAUCUCAUCAGCUGUUGGCUUGCCGAGCUUUUGAGAAGAAAAAUACCAGUUUCGAUGAAUUUGAAUAUUACGGAACAGCUUACUGACACAGCUACGAUCGGCGACUGGAAUUUAUGCGGUUUGCCGACGGAUGAUUUGUCUAUCCAGAACGGAAUCAUCGUCACGAAGGCAUCUCGCUUCCCCUUGUUGAUUGAUCCACAGACACAAGGCAAGAUAUGGAUAAAAAAUAUGGAGAAAUUCAAUGAACUUAUAGUUACUACUCUAAACCAUAAGUACUUCAGAAAUCAUAUAGAAGAUUGUGUGUCACUGGGUAGACCGUUGCUAAUUGAGGAUGUGGCUGAAGAAUUAGAUCCUGCUUUAGAUAAUAUUUUAGAGAGAAAUUACAUCAAGAUUGGUUCGUCUUACAAAGUGAAACUGGGAGACAAAGAAAUUGAUGUUACUGCCGGACAUAAAAUAUACAUAACCACGAAACUACCAAAUCCCGCUUACACUCCCGAGAUUUCAGCUAGAACUUCUAUUAUUGACUUCACUGUCACCAUGCAAGGUUUGGAAGAUCAGCUGCUAGGUCGAGUGAUCUUGACGGAAAAGGCAGAAAUGGAAGCCGAAAGAACCCAACUCAUUAUGGAUGUUACGGCUAACAGACGUAAGAUGCAAGAACUAGAGGCCAAUUUGUUGCAUAAAUUGACCACCAUUCAAGGAUCACUAGUCGAAGACGUAUCUCUUAUUCAAGUGCUGAAUAUUACGAAAGCUACUGCUACAGAGGUGAGAGAAAAACUGGAUAUAGCUAAGGAAACAGAAAUCAAGAUCAACUUGGCUCGAGAGGAGUUCCGUCCAGUAGCCACGCGUGGCUCCGUCCUGUACUUCUUGAUUUGCAAUAUGUCCCUUGUGUGUAAUAUGUACCAGACCUCAUUGGCGCAAUUCCUGGAACGUUUCGAUAUUUCCAUGGAGAGGUCUCCACAGAGUCCUAUUACAUCAAGGAGGAUUGGCUUCAUCAUUGAUUAUUUGACCUUUGACGUCUUCAAAUACAUAAGCAGAGGCUUCUAUGAAAAACACAAGUAUUUGUUCACGUUACUGUUGACGUUGAAAAUUGAUAUGCAGAAGGAAUUUGUAACAUACGAAGAGUUCCAGACACUAAUCAAAGGUGGUGCUGCGUUGGAUCUAAAUGCAUGCCCGCCAAAACCAUUCAAAUGGGUUACGGAUAUGUCCUGGUUGAAUUUGGUCAAUUUGUCUGGUCUGCGGCAAUUCACUAACAUCCUCAACCAGGUUUCAAAUAACGAGAAGGGUUGGAAGUCAUGGUUUGACAAAGAAGCCCCGGAAGAUGAACCUCUACCAGAUGGCUACAACAGCUUGGAUGUCUUUAGGAAACUGCUUAUUGUAAGGUCUUGGUGUCCAGACAGGACUAUUGCGCAAAGCUUAAAAUAUGUAAUGUAUUCCAUGGGCUCGAGAUUUUCUGAAGCAGUUAUUGUAAACUAUGAGCAAAUGGUGCUUGAAUCUCGACCGUUAGUGCCGUUGAUCGGCUUUUUAGCCAUGGGAUCAGAUCCGACACCGUCCAUAGAAGUAACUGCUAAGCGAUUGGAAUGUCUCUGUUCUUCCAUUUCUAUGGGACAGGGUCAAGAAAUUCACGCGAGAAAACUUAUUGAUCGUGCUCUUAAAGAGGGUAUGUGGGUUCUACUUCAAAACUGUCACUUGGGUUUAGAGUAUAUGGUGGAGAUUAUUGAACAAUUUGCAGAGUUGGAAAAGGAACCAGAAAAGGUUCAUGAUAUCUUCAGGUUAUGGAUAACUACGGAACCACAUCCCAAGUUCCCGAUUACUUUAUUACAAAUGUCUAUCAAGUACACUUGUGAGCCUCCAUCGGGAAUUAAAGCCGGCCUCAUGAGAACUUACGACUCAAUGAGUCAGGACUUCCUAGAUUAUAGUGACAGUCCGUUUUAUCUGCCAAUGAUAUAUACGCUCUCUUUCUUGCACACGGUCGUGCAAGAGAGAAGGAAGUUUGGCCCUCUUGGAUGGAACAUUCCAUACGAGUUCAACUCUGCCGAUUGGCUGGCUUCAUGCAUGUUUGUUCAGAAUCACUUGGACGGUUUAGAACCUGGACAGGGAAUUAGUUGGACUACUGUGAGGUAUAUGGUAUCUGCUGUACAGUAUGGAGGUCGUGUGACGGAUGACUAUGACAAUCGACUGUUAGUUACAUUCACCAGAGUAUGGUUUUCUGAUCAGCUAUUCACAGAAGAUUUCCAGUUCUACAAGGGAUACGGGAUUAUGAAGUUUAAGAAUAUCCCCGAGUAUUUAGAAGAGAUUGAUAAGAUGAAAACUGUAGAUCCGCCGCAGGCUUAUGGAUUGCAUACCAAUGCUGAUAUCACAUACCAGCGUAGUAUUACACAAGAUUUACUGGAUACUAUUCUGUCAAUUCAACCAAAAGAGUCAAGUUCGGGAGGUGGUGAAACCCGAGAGGCGUCUGUGUACAGACAGUCAAAGGAGAUGUUGGAUAAAGUGCCACCUAACUUUGAUCCUCAUGAAGUUAAAGAAAGAUUACGAUACUACGGAAUGUUGAAUUCUAUGGUCAUUUUCUUGCGACAAGAAAUAGAUCGUAUGCAAAAAGUCAUUUCACUAGUGAGGGUAACACUCAAAGAUUUACUCCUUGCUAUUGAUGGUACCAUUAUUAUGAAUGAGGCACUUCGUGAUUCCCUUGACAACAUCUACGAUGCGAAAGUGCCAAAGAUCUGGUUGAAAAGCUCAUGGUCGUCUUCAACUCUCGGCUUUUGGUUCACCGAGUUUUUGGAGAGGAAUAUCCAGUUUUCAAGUUGGUGCUUCCAAGCUAGGCCUCUCUCGUUCUGGAUGACGGGAUUCUUCAAUCCACAAGGUUUUCUGACGGCGAUGCGACAAGAAGUGACUCGAGCUCACAAGGGCUGGGCAUUGGAUAUGGUGUCACUUCAUAACGAAGUUACAAAAUAUUUUUACGAAGAAAUUAAAGCACCACCGCCGGAAGGAGUAUACGUCCAUGGAGUGUUCUUGGAUGGUGCAGGGUGGGACAGGCGUAACAUUCGCCUCUGCGAGUCUACCCUCAAGGUGCUGUAUACGGCGCUGCCAGUCAUUCACGUCUACGCUAUCAACUCCACUGCACCGAAGGACCCAAAGCUUUAUCAGUGUCCCGUGUACAAGAAGCCAGUCCGUACCGGGUUGACUUUCAUCACCCCGCUUUGGCUGCCCACGAUUAAGAACCCCGAUCAUUGGAUCUUGAGAGGCGUCGCCAUCUUGUGUGAUAUCAAGUAAACUGUUCACCAACACGCAGUUUUCACGCGGUCAUUGAUUUUAUAGAUUAAUUUUAAAGGUAAUAUAUUUAAUCAGAGCUUAAUCAUAAUAUACAAUACGCUCAUGCCUUGUGCUAUCCAAAGGUACUCUAUCUUACCUACUAGUCAUAGUUUGUGUUAUUUAUUUUUUGUAGUUUAUUUUGUUAUCUUUUUCGUGAAAUAAAUCAGAUUUCAGG